GGGGACGCAAAGCGACGAGCAUCGACAGCCUGGCAUCUCUCGCGGCUGGCCCACACGAGCACGCGCUGGAACGCUGAGAGUAGCUGUGCGAGAUCAUCUAACCAGCCAAGCUUGAGCCUGACAGCAGCGAUCGUCAAACCGGGAGGUGACGCACAGAGAGGCCACUUACAGCAAGCAGUGGCCUCCACAGCACGCGUCGCCGGCGCGCGCCGAAAUCCGUCGCGUGCGAACGAAGCGAACGACUACAGCGCGGCGCCAAAGCCACCGACCUAGAUGACCAUGCUCGUCACGCCCCCGCUCCCCGACGCGCUCCCAGGCAUCGGCGAGGACACGGGUAAUGUGGAGGAGAUCCACGCCGCGGUCCUGGCCCAGGCCGAGGCCGGCGACGCCACGGCGCAGCAGCAGCUAGGUGUGAUGUACCACCGGGGCGUGCCGGAGGCGGGCAUCGAGCCGGACCAUGUGGCGGCCGCGCUCUGGUUCUCCAAGGCCGCGGAAGCUGGGUUAGCCUCCGCACAAUGCAAUCUAGGACUGCUCCAUCUCCUGGGCCACGGCGUGCCGACCGACGACCGCCUCGCGGCGUCCUGGCUCAGUCGAGCGGCGGACGCGGGCGUCGCGCCCGCGCAGAACCACUACGGCCGCUUGCUACAAGAAGGUAGGGGCGUGCCCAAGGACCUCACAUUAGCCGUCCAGUACUUCCAGAAGGCCGCGGACCAGGGCGAGGCCGACGCCAUGGUCAAUUUGGGGGCGGCUUGUUUGGUGGGGCGCGGCAUGCAAAAGGACGAGUCAAAAGCGAGAAGCCUACUGCAGGUCGCCGCGGACCGGGGCGACCAGGACGCCGCCCAGCUGUUGAGUGUGCUGGACUCGCAAGGCGGCGGCGAACUGCAAAAGACGCCCGCGUCGUCGCCCGAGCCGACGCCGCAAGAAUUGGCCGAAAGACGCCGCAAGAUCGAAUAUGCGGAGGCCCAGGCCCAGGCCUUGCUCCGGGAGGAGGCCGAGCUCGCGGAGAAAGAAAAUAACACUCAGAAGCCGAAGAAAAAGAAGAAGAAGAAGGGCAAGACACAAGCGCCGGCCGACGACGCGCCUCCUACGAAUCUGAACGUGCCCAUGCGGCCCAUGCGGCCGUCGGCCAUGCCCGGUGCGGUGCGGCGUCCUAUUUCAUCUCUCGAGAGCGUGCUGGCGAGGGAGACGUACGCCCACCGCGACGCCAUCGCCGCGACGGCGUGCUGGGGGGGCAGCAGCCCCCGUCACCGCAUCGCGGCGGCGGCGUGGGGGAGGGGGCGUCUCGUACGCCAUCGACGCGUCGACGGCGUGCCGGCGGCCGCAUUUCUCACCGUGACACCGCGCAGGCCUCCGCCCCGCCGAGAAGACCUCCGCGACAAGAGACGACGACGAGCUCGACGACGUGCCCUCAGAAAAAAGGAAGCGGCGGAAGAAGCCCAAGAAGAAGGCGACGGACGAGUCGGCCCUCGCGAAGGCGAAGGCCCUGUCCGAGGAAACCAAGCCCGUCACGGACGACGCGGUCCGAGACUUGGUCGCGCGCCUCGAGCACGACGACCCUUGUGAAAGACCAUUAGGAGCUUCUACUUUUGAAUUCGACGUCGACGUCUUAGCAGAAGCGUCGCGACGAGGCCACGCGCGGGCCAUGUACUGGUACGCGCAAUUUAUGCUCAAGAAGGCCUGCUCGCAGGAGCCGUCGCUCGGCGCUUCUGCAGAAAAGCUCCAGAGUCUCGGUGUGUCUUGGCUGAAGGCGGCCUGCGAGCAGGGCCACGGGCAAGCCCAGUGCCACCUGGGGUCCAUCUAUUCUUCUGGUUUCAGCGUCCCGCGGCUGCCGGGCGACUUCCGGCCCGUGCCCUAUCCUAGAGAUGUCGACCAGGCCGAAAAAUUAUUACAUCAAGGUGCGAUCGCAACGGACGACGCCCCGACCAUGUGGUGCCUCGCGCGCUUGUUGCUCCAGCGGGCGAUCUCGACGAAGAGUGUUGACGACGGCCAGAAGGGCGCGCUCUGGGCCGAGCGCGCGGGCAAGGCCGGCGUGCCCGACGCGCUGGCGCGCGUCGCUCGUAUUUACCUUGGUGGGUCCGAUGGAGCCGAGCCGGUGCCGGGCGUGAAGACUGAUUAUCAGAAAGCGAAGACCCUCGCCGAGCAGGCUCUGAAAAGUGGCUCCGGCCAGACCGACGCCCUCAAAAAGAUCGUGCAGGACGCGGAACGCGGUUUGGCGUCGUCCUUUUCCUUCGAGCGGCGGACGUCGUCAUCAGCAGGAAGCUCGGACUUCGCACCUAGAUUUGGAAGUGAGCCGCAGGAAUCCCUAGCCCAGAUCCUCCAGAAACACAAGGCCCAGACCCAGAAGAAGCGGGGCCUGCCCGGGGGGUUGAGCGGCGGUCUCGUCGACGACGACGAUCCCGUCUGUCCGUUGGUCGAGAAGCCCGAGAAGGAUCCGCUGCAACUCGUCGAGGAUUUCGGAAAGAGCGUCAUGCAGCAGGCGAAGCCCCAGACCGCCGACGACCGACGACGAGCGAAAAUAAGGCAGCGGCGCGAGGAGGCGCGGUCGAAAGCUAGACCGUCCGCCGCCGAACUUAGCAAGAGGGGCGCCGCCGCCGAGGCCGCGGCCGCCGAACUGCUGGGCGAGCUCGACGCCGCGGACUCGUCGUCGAAGAAGCCGAAGAAGCGGAAGAAGAAGCCCGCGAAAAAAAAUGACAAGGCGCCGCGCGAGGCGCCGCCGCGCGCGCCCGUCGCGCUGCCUUUGGUCGACUCCGACGAGUCCGACGACGAGUCGCUUGAAUUACUCCUCGCGCCGCGGCGCGCGCCGGCGCCCGCGCCGGCGCCCGCGCCGGCGCCCGCGCCCGCGUCGCCGCCGACGCCACCAUCAGAAAUCCCCGACGCGUCCGACGAGGACGGCGAGUGGCAGAGCACGACGUCGCGGCGGCGGAAGGCGCGACGGCGGAAGGACAAGGAGGAGGACCUCCCGCCGCUCGAGGACGCGGCGCCGGACGCGCCAGCCGCGGCGCCGGACGAACCCGCCGCGGCGCCGGCGCCCUCGGAGCCGGAGCCGGCGCCGGCGCCGGCGCCGGCGCCGCCGAAGAAGCAGCUCUCCGCCGACGCGCCGGCCUUCGUGCCCCCGAGCAUGGAUGCCGCGGCCGAGCCCGAGGCCGCGGGCGUCGCCGAGUCGAAGGACGACGCGGACGCGGGCGUGUCCGAGUCCAAGGGCGACGACGAGGCCGCCGUGGGCUACGAGGAGUCCAAGGGCGGGGAGCCCGAGUACGACGUCGACAUGGACGCGGCCUACGCGCUCGAGCUGGAUCGCGCAGAGCACGCGCAGCCGCCGCAGCCGCCGGCCGAGGAGGAGUGGGUCACGUCGACGAGCCGGCGGCGGAAGAAGGGUGGAAAGAUGAAGAAGAACGGGUAAACAUUGUGGUCACAUUACAUUGCCUCGCGUCGUCCGUCAGUUGAGGCGUCGCGUCGAUGGCGUACGGCGGCUCCCGCCAUCGUCCCGGGGUGACGCGUUCGA